AUGUCUGAUAAUGAAGUCACCGCAGUGGAAGUCUUGACAGAACUAGGAGAAAUAAUACAAACCAUCGCAACCAAUCUUCGAGCGAAUCGACUCGAUCGCACUAAAUUUCAAAAACUCCUUCUCGAUUACUCCCAUCGAGCAACGUCAGAUGGCCACCUGAUCUACGCAUCGAGACAAAACUCGCAAGCGCUCAACCGUGGCCUAUUUUUAGCUUAUACUCAUAUGGAGUUUAUAUCGUGGCUAUCACGAAACAACUACACCAUUCCAGCAACGUCGGUGAAAUGGUACAGCUUAAAGCAGUUCGCCUCCAAAUACCGUCUCCCACUUUUCUCCAUGUCAUCACAAACGGCCGACCUGCAGAGUCAGUUGAAGCACAUCGAGAGUACUGCAGAAUUGGUUCAUGCAGAGCUUCAGGCUCACAAUGUAAAGCACUUCCCCCCACGGGAAUCAUGA